CUCAAUUAGAUAAAUUAAAUCAACAGAAAACUAUAAUGAGAGCUCAAAAACAACUAAGCGAAGUUAUAGAAGAAUCUGAAAAUAGAAAACUUAGACAAAAAUGCAAAGAUCUUAAAAGAAGAAUUGCCGAAGUUGAAGAAAAUAACGAAAUUGCUGCUUUGGCAAUCUCAAGAGGUAAAACAACCAUAAAACGAUUAAGAUUAGAAUUCACCAUAUUAUUAGAAAGAUUAGAAGAACGUUCAAAAUUAUUUGAUGAUGAUUCUGAUACUGAUGAUAUAAUGAAAUUACAAACUGAUGAUGAAAUAGAUGAUCGAAAAGUAAUCAAUUUAAAUCAAAAUCCCUCUUUAGUUUUAACUAAUAAUAAUAAUAAUAAUCCAAAUACAAAUACAAAUACAAAUUCAAAUACAAAUUCAAAUACAAAUUCAAAUUCAAAUACGAAUACAAAUUCGAAUACAAAUGCAAAUGCAAAUGCAAAUAUAAACACUAAAUCAACUUCAUCAUCUAAAAAAAAAAGAAUUAAUAACUCUCAAAGAGUUAUAAAACCAAGGGACCCAGAAAUGCCUAAAAGACCAACAAAUGCGUACUUGAUCUUUUGUGAAAUGGAGAAAGAAAACAUUAAAAAAACUCUUGAAGAGAAAAAUCCAAAUACUGGAAACGACUUAUCAAAGGGUUUAACCGAAGCAUGGAAAACCUUAGAUGAAGAUUCAAAAAGACCGUAUUUUAAACUAUAUGAAGAAGACAAAGCAAGAUAUGAUAGAGAAAUGGUAAUUUACAAUGCUAAAAAUAUUAAUCAAAAUUCAAUUAAUAAUCUUCAUACUAAUCAUAAUAUCCAAACAAUUCAAACAACUCAAAACACACAAAAUUUGAACAAUUCUCAAAUAAAUCAAAAUAACGAAAUAAAUAAUCAAAAUCACAAAAAUAAUCGAUCUCAAAACACUUCUCAUUCUUCUGUGAAGAAUUUAGAAAAUAAUAAAAAACAAAAACUUAAUACUAACAUUAGCAUUAACGACAAUAGUAAUGAAAUUGUUGCAACAGGCUCUCCAGUUAUUUCAAUUAAUCCAAAUAAUUCAAUCAAUUCAAGUUCUUCUAACACACCAACUCCACAGAUCAUCCAAAUUCCUCAACUUAAUCAAAAUGGGCCUUAUAUUGAACAAAUCUCUUCUAUAGGGACUCCAAUCCAAAUUGAAACCUCCACAACUAUAAAUGUACCUUUUAAUAAUAAUUCAUUAUCAACAGAAAAAUCAAAUGAUUCUUUGAAUAUUUCUGAUGAAGCUUUAAAAAAAAAUUGAUAUCAAUUACAAUUAUAAUUAAAUGCAAUGCAGUUCCAAC